AUGAGCGGACAAGUAUACGACGUCCUCAUUGCAGGAGCAGGCCCAGUCGGCCUGUUGCUCGCCUGUGAGCUACGCUUGGCAGCAAGCGACAUCUCGGUGCUCGUGCUCGAACGCGACGCUGACCCAUCCAACACCGACACGCCGUGGAAAAAGGCACCGCUAGGCAUGCGCGGCAUCAAUACACUGUCGGCCGAGUCGCUCGACCGGCGCGGACUUCUCGACCAGGUCAUUGGCGAGCAGAUGCUCAGCAAACGCUCAUUCAACUUUGCCGAAUCGGGCUUUUCUGGCCACUUUGCCGGCAUCAUGUUUGACGCCAGUCUGGUCGACCGGUCCAACCCUUGCUGGAAGUACAAGUUGCCCGGUCCCGGGUUUUCGCCUUCGCCUUCGUCGCUAGAAAGAAUCGUCAAUGCCACGUAUCAGCGCGCCAAAGACCUCGGCGUGGAGGUCCUGGGCGGCAUCGACGUGACGGGAGCAACGCAAGACGGCGAGGGCGUCGUCGUGCACACUGCAGACGAAAAGACCUUUCGGGGCAAGUGGCUCGUCGGCUGCGACGGCGGACGCAGCAAGAUUCGCAAGGGCGCCGGCUUUGAAUUUGUCGGCACCGACGCCGAGCUCAUGGGAUGGACGGUGCUCUGCGACAUUGACGACCCCAACAACAGCCUGCAGCGGGGCUUUACCCGCACGCCGACGGGCCUCUACCUCAAGAUGCUGCCGGGCCACAUUGGCACCAUGGAACCCGUGGCGGCGGGCGGUACGUUUGACCGCACCAAGGAGCUCACGGCGGAAGAGUUUCAAGUCAUACUGCGCCGCGUGAGCGGGUGCGACGAUGUCAGCGUCAAGAGCCUGCAGCUCGCAUCAUCGUACACGGAUCGGGCCAUGCAGGCGUCGACGUACCGCAAAGAUCGCAUCUUUCUCGCCGGCGACAGCGCCCACAUCCAUGCGCCCCUCGGCGGACAAGGCAUGAAUGCCGGCAUCGGCGAUGCCAUGAAUCUGGGCUGGAAGCUCGCCGCCGUGGUCCAAGGCAGGUCGUCUCCGGACUUGUUGGACACGUACGAGCGUGAAAGACACCCCAUCGGAGCCUGGAUCACCGAGUGGACGCGUGCUCAGGUGGCAACGAUGAAGCCGGACCUGAGCAGUCGUGCCGUGGCCAAUUUGGUCAAGGAAGUGAUUGCUACGCGAGAUGGAGCCACGCUCAUGACGGCCAGAUUCAUGGGCGUAUUGCAGCGUUAUGACUUGAGCCUCGAGGAUGGCGAACUUUUACACCAAAUUGUAGGAUUCAGCGUUCCAGACUUCAAUUUUCUCAAAGGCACGGGCCGGCUUGGUGAGAAGUUGCGAUCAGGUCGCGGUAUAUUGAUUGAAUUUGGAGACCAAGAGCAGACGGAGCUCAAGAGCCUCUGCGACGGAUGGUCCGACCGGCUUGAUUAUGUGUGCGAGCGCGCCAAGGAUGAGCUUGGGUUCCGCGCUCUUUUGGUCCGCCCCGACGGCAUUGUCGCUUGGGCGACUGAAGGAGAACCUGAUCUGGCCGCCGUAAAAGCAUCGCUGUCACGGUGGUUUGGACCCAAGUCUGAAUGA